UUAUGAAUUAUACUUAAAUAUAUGCCUCGGGAAAACGAAAAUGGCAACGAAGGGAAUCUCAAUCGGUGGAAACUCGAAUUAGUUUUUACUCAUGUAAUUUUCCCUCGUUAAUCGUUAUUGAACGUCGAUUUUCAAAAGAUGAUCGGCAGAGACAGAAAGGGUCCACUCGUUCUUCACUUUUCUCUUUUUCACUAUUUGCUUUCAGCUAAUUGAAUCUCUUUGCCAACAGGAUUAGCCGUAGCUCUAACAUAAUUAUGAAUUAAACUAUUGCUUGUGUACUAAAUUAGUAGUAUUGUUUUGACGUCUGGUUUACCAACUAAUAACUCAAUUUCUGCGGCCACAUAUUUCAAAUUGAGUCAAAAAAGAAACACGAAAAUAGUUAUCUUUUAUUGGCUGCCCAUUUAACUCUGUGGAGUCAAUAAAAACACAAUCACGUGUUGUUUAAAAUACAACAAAACGUGUUUAUAUAGUUUUCUUAUAUAUUUUUUUUGACUCUAUGGUGUUAUGGUUUACUGCUACUCAUCUAAUGGUACAAGCUUAGUUCAUAUGCCGGUUAUUUAGGGUCUAUUAUAUUAUAGUGUUUUAUCUGAACUGCUUGUUCAAGAUGAAAGUACGAAAUUAGUGGUGAGUUAUUUGAAAAAUGUUUAUCGAGAGACUAAAGGUCGAUUAUAAAAAAAUAAUGAAAUAGUCAAAGGAACUACAAAUUCAAGCUAUAAAUACCUUAGUUCUUAUACCGACUCAUAUGUGAUUGUGAUUGUGAAUAUGUGCUCUUUGAAUUAGGUUUCCUUUAUUUACAGCUGAUUUCUUUCUUUUCCUUUAUAAGUCAACUUAUUUUCUUUCGGUUGCCUCUAUUUAAUUGGAUCGAGUUUGGUUUACCUAUUAGGUUUUUUCGAUGGUAAUACAUCUCCAACGUAUACAAACGAUCAAUAUUUGAUUUAAGAACGUUAGGAGUUACUAGUUAGUACUUUAUAAUGAAUAAUGAACAAUUCCCGGACUCUAAAUGAGGUUCUAAACAUUCUAACAUGAAAAUUCUAUUACCUCGAUUACAAAUACCAAUACUACGUCCACAUGCUAUCUCUAUCUUAGGGUUGAGUUUCUUAUUAUUUGUUGACUCUCAGUUUCAUAUUUAUAUUUUAAUUAUGUACUAGUAUUUGUAGUCGUAAUUAAGGCCAUGGCCUCAUUUACUCCUAUGAACGUUGAAGCAUGAGAUGAGCUUAAAUGAUUACAUAAUACAAAGUUUAACUGCCUGUAAAAGUUAUAUAUAUGUAAGGGUAAUCUAAGGGGUGUUAAACCAAGCUAAUUCAUCUCCAUAUAACAUUUAUAUAAUUGGUUAUAAAGCCAUAUCUUUGCUAUGUGCCUAUAUGACUUGCCUCCACGGUAAGUCAAAACCAUAUAUGUCUUGCCUUGGUUGACACACCAUUGGUGACUUGGUGUUAUGUUCUAAGGACUUUGGAACUUUGAAGUUCAGGAUUCGAUAACUUACAUAAAGUAAAUAAAAUAUUUAUCUCAAUAAUAAUAAAGUUCUGAAGUUUUAUAAUUUAUGUUAUCCAAAUAUUAUAGAUGACGUUUUUCUUUAUUAAUUUUUUUAUGGGUGGAUAGACUAUCAAAUUAUCCCACUUUUUUUUUUUUGCUAAACAAUUAUUCCACUCUUCAAAAUAGUUUUAAGUGGAGGCAUGUGUCUCCACUCCAUUAAGUGGACCUGUGAAGCCCAAAAGGGUAUCUGAUGUUGCUGCUUACCAUUACCCAUUCAGAUUCGUAAGAGAUUGAAAGAUUCGUUUGCCCAAAACUAUCCGUACCACAACAUUUCUUUUCGAGUCCAAAGUUGUAUAUAUCUCUAUCAAAUCUGAUUCUUUUUUUUUUGGUUCCCUUUUGAUCUCUUAACCUUUUUCUUUUGGGUGGUUCUUUGUUUAUACACGCCUCUCCUUAUGAUUUUAAUACUUUAUCAGUUCCUGCCAAAUCUUGACUUUGGGAGUUCAAAGUCUUAAGAAUCUUGACUGUCCUAAAGACUACAGCUUGCUCUUUAAGUUUGGUAUUUUUUUUGUCUUUUUGUUCUUUAUCAUUUCACAUGGUUAAGGUUCAAAGUUUCAAAUAUUCAAUCAUGGUUAGAAAUGAGCCAUCAAUUGUGGAUUCUUGUUGACGCAUAUAAAAGUUGCCUUUUUAGCUUAGUUAAAAUAAACAAGGGUAGGAAUUACUUGUAGUAUACGUAUUCUCUGUCAUGUUUGGUAGAACAAAAAAUGAAAUGGAUUCUGUGUGACUAUUAUGAGGAUACGCUUCAUAUGUUUCUCAUGUAAAACAAUAAUUUUCUUCUUAAAAUCUACAUAUGCUUCAUUCUUUUUUCUUUUUUUUUUCCAUAGAUUUUGAUCUGAAGGAAGAAAAAUCGUCAAAUUUCUCGCUCAUGUGUUCUCUUUUUCGUUCUUGAUAAUUUCUUCCGCUACAAGAAACCGAGUUAUGAUGCAUAACCCUUCCCCAUGCAUGCCUAAUCUGUUUCUUGAAAUCUUCAGUCUUCUAAUGUCAUGAAGAGGAGAAAAGUCUAGUAAGUAUAAGGAGUUAUGGAGACUGGUACAAGCACUAGCAACAGCGGAAGCAGCAGUAGAAACGAUAGCUAUGAAGCAAUCAAGAAUGGAUCAUGGUUUAAUCAGUUUCGAAAUGGCUGCAAUCCCUGGAUGGCUAGAUAUGCAUACGGUAUGAUAUUCCUAAUCGCUAAUCUACUAGCAUGGGCUGCUCGUGAUUAUGGUCAGCGUGCCUUAACAGAAGUGACAAAAUUCAAGAAUUGUAAAGGUGGAGAGAACUGUUUGGGGACAGAAGGAGUCUUAAGAGUCAGCUUGGGAUGUUUUUUGUUCUACUUCGUUAUGUUUCUAUCAACACUUGGUACGUCGAAAACACAUUCAUCAAGAGAUAGAUGGCAUUCUGGAUGGUGGUCUGCUAAGCUUAUCAUGUGGCCUUCUCUAACCAUCAUUCCUUUCUUGCUUCCUUCUACCAUUAUUCGCCUUUACGGAGAGAUUGCCCAUUUUGGUGCAGGGGUAUUUCUACUGAUACAGCUAAUUAGUGUGAUCAGUUUCAUUACAUGGCUUAAUGAAUGCUAUCAGUCCAAAAAAGACGCAGAAAGAUGCCAUGUCCAUGUGAUGCUACUAGCAACUACUUCAUACACAGUGUGUAUAGUUGGGUUAAUUUUGAUGUACAUAUGGUACGCUCCUGAUUCUUCAUGUCUUCUCAAUAUAUUCUUCAUAACUUGGACGUUGUUCCUCCUCCAACUCAUGACAAGCAUUGCUCUUCACCCUAAAGUAAAUGCUGGAUACUUGACUCCGGCUCUUAUGGGACUCUAUGUUGUGUUUAUCUGCUGGUGCGCUAUUCGAAGUGAACCAGUGGGAGAAAGCUGCAACAGAAAAGCAGCAGAGUCAAACAGAACGGACUGGCUUACCAUUAUUAGCUUCGUGGUUGCGUUACUUGCAAUGGUUAUUGCGACAUUUUCAACGGGAAUAGACUCUCAAUGUUUCCAAUUCAAGAAAGACACGAACAACCAAGGAGAAGAAGUAGAAGAGGAGGAAGAUGAUGUUCCAUAUGGAUAUGGAUUCUUUCAUUUUGUAUUUGCGACAGGAGCAAUGUACUUCGCUAUGCUACUCAUCGGUUGGAACACUCAUCACCCCAUGAAAAAGUGGACGAUUGACGUGGGAUGGACGAGUACUUGGGUAAGAAUUGUCAACGAGUGGCUUGCGGUUUGCGUAUACAUAUGGAUGCUGGUGGCUCCAAUCAUACUGAAGAGCAAAAGACAAAUGACAACUGAGACAUAAGGAGAUUGAGAGAUUUUGGGGAAAUAACAAAGACUGGUUUUUGAUGUAUUUUCUCCUUAUGUGGGAGAGAACUACACCGACUAAUUCAUCUAGGGCGCCCAAGAUGGAAGGCAAACCUGCUCUCAUCUAAUAGGUUUGAUAUCAAAAUGGUAUUAGACGAUUAAAGACUGUAAAAUUUCCAGAAAUCAAAUCUUUGUAAGUAGAUUUUAUAGGAAACCAAGUACAAAUAUAGUUAUGACACUUAUUUUAUAAUCAUAUAUCAUAUAUAUGAUCUUAAAAGUUUGGAUUA